AGGCUGUUUAUUAAGCAAGUGUUGGGACUCUGAUGCUGAGAUAAAAUUGCCACCAGAGUGCCAUGGCCACUACCGAAAGCUUUGAGUUUGAGUAUGUCGGAGGACGCUGCAAGCUCACCUCAGACUUGGAACCCAUCAGCCUCUUGAAAGGAGACAUUGUAGUGGCCGAGACUUACAAGAGGAUGAAGCAGCAACGGAAGCAGCACAUGGAAGAAGCAAGGGAGCUACAAAAGAGAAAGAAGCGAGCGAAGGAGAGACAACUUCUCACGGAUUUCCUUGAGAAGCACGGCUUCGACUCCAGUGAUGUAAAUGCAACAGGAGGAUCGAAGAAGACCAAAUGUUUCGGCCUCAUUCCUUCAUUUCAGCGACCUUUGCAUCAAGCUUGCAAGGAGAAGAACGUGGAAGUGAUUUUCUUACUGCUUCAAUACGGAGCAGAUCCCAUGUGCAAGGAUAGUAGGGGCUACACUGCUUAUGACCAUGUGGAGUCCUUUGCUGAGCGCAAGCGCAUGAAUAUGCUUCAUGAGACAUUUCGCGCGAGAGGUGACCUACUUAGCUUGGUCUGAGAGCAAGUGUUCAUGUAUAUAUAAUUGACUUUAACUCAUGAGCAAAGUCAGGUCCAGGUUGGUUGGGAGGCCCUGGAAGCAUCCUGAAGUGGCUGCUUCUCUGUGGCUGAAUAUCUCCGCCCAUCCCGGCCCGGCUAGAUACUUCAGCGCAUGGAUGCGCCGCGAAGUGUUUCAAAAGGAUGGACAUAGUUGGGCAUAGUUCAAGAUCUUGUUGGGUUGGUUGGCCAAGA